CACUAUGCUCCGGAUGCUGACCAUGGGCGUCAGUUUGGUUUGAAAUGUGCUGGGGACAGAGACUCAUUCGGAAGUGUAUUUUCAGAAGUGCUGGGUAGCCUACAAGGACGCAUGUAGCUUAAUAAAUGUAAAUGAAUAAAAAUGUAUACAAAAAUGUGAUGAUGUCCGACACGUUUUAUGAAAAUUGUCUUUAGUUUUCAAAAAGAAUUAGACAUAUGACCCACUAUGUUCUGCUUUAUGUAUCUAUGUACCAUGUUGACAAUGUGACAUGACGUGCCAUCAGACUCAGAGAGAGGAGCUGCGCAGGAUAAAAAAAAAAAAGCGUACUCAAGUUGAUUACUCGGGAAAAACAAUUGAGACACAGCCAGUAAAGUGAUCCGGACUGGUCCUGGCUAACGCUGGCAGUUUACAACAUGUAGCCUGUUCUACUACUUCUACUUCUACUAAGCCCCUUCUACAACACUACAGAAGUCCUAGGCAAUGCUUUGGUCACAUCACGCAUGGCUUACUGCAAUGCUAUCCUGGCUGUUAUCCCCAAAACAAACUCAUCCACCCUCUCCAACUCAUCCAGAACACUGCUGCACAGAUUACACGUUCAUAGUCCGCUGGACACAUCACUCCGCUGCUAUUUUAACUACACUGGCUCCCUGUUUUUACAAAGGAUCAACUUCAAAAAUAUUACUAUUGACAUUUAAAGCUCUUCACAAUUUAUCUCACAGACCUCUUUCACACCUACACUACCUCUCGCUCCCUGCGGUCCUCAUCAACAGUGUCCAUUUGAAUAAGCUCACUGCCAUGUUUUAUGAUUGUAGUUAUCUUCGGAAGUCAGAGAAUCGUCCCGAACAAGCAACCAUUGAAGAGAGUUCUUCAACUGAAUCCUGUUAUCUUCGGGAGUCAGAGAAUCAUCCCGAGCAACCAACCAUUGAAGAAAGUUCUUCAACUGAAUCCAGUGAAAGUGUGCAUGAAGAAUACCCGCUCAUGAUGUGUUCAGAAAAUGAAGUUGAGCAAGAAACUUGUGCUGCUCCUUCUGUCCAGUCAUCUGAAAAUGGAAAGGAGUCAGGAAAAAAAGAUGCUGCUUGUCAAAGACCGAAAAGUCAAAAAGAGCGGACAACAACCAGCCAGUCCGAAAAUAAAGAAAAUAGAGAUAUUCAAGAAGACGAGAAUGAAGAAUUCAGCACCUCAUUAAGUGUGGGAGAUGGACGCUACCUGGUGGAUUUGGGGAGCUCAUCCGAGUUCGUCGUUGAUGAAGAGUGCCUCUUUCAGCUGUUCAAGUCAUGCCGGGAAUGCAACAGACAAUGUACAGUUAGAAAACGUGUCACCGGUCUAAAGCUCGUGGUUAGCCAGGCGUGCUGUUUCUGUCAAAGCCACUCUAAAUGGACUAACCUGCCAGAUGACGACGACGACGGCGGCGGUGAUCUCCAGAUAAAUGGAAAACAAACGGCACUUGAACAGACCAACUCAGCCAAGCAGUAAUGCUAGUUGUAGUGACGCUCCAAGCAGACAGUGGUUCUACGGAGUUUACGUUGAAGCAGGAAAUGUCAACCUGUGACACAGUGGACUAAGCAGCUGGACUUCUGUUUAUUUUGCUGCCUCUGUGGAGGUUGGCUGUUUUUCCUCUGUACUGUCGCUGCGCUGUCGUCAACUGCUCUGUAUGUUUUUACACUCAUUUCCUGAUGCCAUCCCACACCUCAGAGAAGAGGGUGGUUGCCUUGGCUCGCAAUAUCUGUCUGUUGACAUCCUGCAUAGGACAGUAAGUGAUUGUAAAGGCAAAGAUGGUUGCCUGAGGAAAGAUGGGCCGUUCUUUUCUUUCCAGGGAAAACCUUUUUCAAAUUUUUUUUUACUUCAAGACGUAAAUCUUUUGAUCGGUGUUCAUCCUUGUGCCGAUAUGUAGUUUCACAGUACGCAGAUGCUCAAACGAGGAUUGUUGUCAAAUAAUCAAGCAAUAUUGAACCAUG